UGUUUUGUUCGAUUUGUUGUUCGUCGCGCCGCAGUUUUGAGUGUAAUCGUGUUAGCACAGUAAUAAAAUCAAGCGCACUCUAUUUUUUUCCUAUUGUACAGCCUCAGUGGACCAAUCACGUGCACGUUGAUGUAAACAAGGAAGUGGCUAAUGCAACUGAGCACAAAUACUACAAAUUAAAACGCUUGUACACGAAAACGGUCGUUAGUAUUAAAUGGAGGAAAGACACAAGAAUGUUCUUCGGCGCAACAGGGUCAGUCUCGUGAGAGACUUGGACCCAUCCAACCUUUAUGAUGGCCUUAUUGAAAAAGGAGUUUUUACCAACAACAUGAUCGAUGAGAUAAAGAGCUCUGGUACCAGAGGCGACCAGGCCAGGAAGUUAGUCCUGGACUUGGAAACCCGUGGGAGUCGGGCCUUUCCAUUAUUCCUGGAGUGCCUUCAGGAGACAGGUCAGCACAGUCUAGCAGAGCUACUACAGACUGGAGCACCAACCGUUCAGCUGCAGCCUGCAACACCCACUGUUCGCCCUGUUGUCCAGCCUCUCCCAGUUUCCUCUCCAGUGGAUGUUGAUAAGCAAAUAAAAGAUGUCCCUGUAUAUCCAUUACAGAGACCCAGUGCACCCACUCCAUCACCUGAGAGGGAGCACAAAAGACAAAAGCCACAAGGCAGAACCCGACUAGACAGUAUUCAGAUCUAUAAAAUGGAUGCCAGCCCAUGUGGACACUGCCUUAUCAUAAACAAUGUGGAUUUUGAGCCUCAGAGCAAUCUGAAGAGUCGUAAAGGGUCCAACAUAGACUGCAACAAGCUGGAAAGAAGAUUCAAGGCACUCAACUUUAUUGUGGAAGUGAAGUCAAACCUAAAACAAAGUAAAAUAAAACGUGAACUGUCAGCUUUAUCUAAGAAGGACCAUUUGCAAUAUGACUGCUGUGUGGUUAUCAUGCUGUCCCAUGGCACUGAGGUAAGUCACAACCGCUUCCCCGGUGCCGUGUAUGGUGUGGACGGACAGUGUGUCCCAGUUCAGCUUAUCACAGACUACCUCAGCGGGCAGAAAUGUCCUUCAUUACAGGGCAAACCCAAACUUUUCUUCAUCCAGGCAUGUGGAGGAGGUGAAAGAGACAUGGGCUUUGAGGUGUCCCCUGAUGAGGUUGAGCCAUCCUUCGGCGGAGCAGAUGACCAGACAGAUGCCAUACCGAUGUCAUCCAGCAGCGACUCUCUGAGCAUGUCUGACGAACUGGAUGCCAGAGCUACUUUGCCCACCCCAAGUGACAUUCUGGUGUCCUACUCAACCUUUCCUGGUUACGUCUCUUGGAGAGACCCCAAGUCAGGCUCCUGGUAUGUUGCGACGCUGGACCGUAUUCUUGAGGAAAAUGCUGCUACCAAUGAUCUGGUCACAAUGUUGAUGAUGGUUAACAAUGAAGUAUCCCAAAACUCAGCAAAAGGGCUCUACAAGCAAAUGCCUGGUUCCUUUAACUUCCUCCGUAAACUUCUCUACUUUCAAACCCAAGCAUCACCCACGCAAAGUUCAACUUGACACACUUCCCGUUCAUCUGUUUCAACAUCAUAAGUUAUGACAGUCAUUUCUUGGAAUUAUGUCUCAGCAGAGUUGCAGAUUGUAUGAAUCUAUAGCUGUGCUUUUUUUUUAGCUUUACUGUACACUUCUCUUGUUUGUGACAUCUUGCUGUGUUUUUAAUUUGUGGUGCAACUUUCCUCAGUGGUUUUUAGGUAGGUAGGUAGGUAGAACUUUAUUGAUCCUACAGUGGGGAAAUUCCAGUGUUCCAGAAAUUCCACUUUAUAUGAGGAAAAUAUGUACCUACUGCAAAAGUGUGGUUGAGGUUAAUAUUUGUUUAUGUUCUUGGUGUCAAUUUUUAAUACACAGUUGUUGUUUUUUCAAUAAAAUGGGAUUUUGUUAAAUUAUUUUCAGUGGAAAUGGGGUUGUGGCAAUGAAAGGUUUUGAACUGAAUAGAUAAGACUCACCUAUGUCAGUUAAAUAUGUCCUCCAAUUUCCUCCAGUAUAGAUGCAAACUCGUUACACUGAAAUCAGGGCUUAACUGUGUUGGGGAUUAGUUAGCCUCUCAACAGUGUUAAACAUAGCAGGAGAACAAGAACAAAGCUUGUCUAACCUUAUUUAUGUAAGAGUUAUACUGCAAAUGUGAAGCCUCUCUCUGAAGAUCUCAGUGAAUCUGAAUUUUUCCUCUAUUUGAACUAGCUUUCCUGCAUUCACUUUUCUGACUUGUGAUAGCCAGAGUGUUCCUCCAUGGUGCUUUUUGUUUGCCAGAGGUGUAUUUAACCUUUUCAGGUGCAAUGCAUUAAUACAUUCAAGAGUUUUACAGGUAAAAUGAUCAAGAAAUGAAUCAACACAGUCUGAUCUUAGCCUUACUGACACAGAUAUAGCUUCCAUAAAGACUGAAAAAGUAUGAUAAUUUAAAUACCUUUUUAACAGCAACUGAAGUGUUAUUUGUAGCAGGUAAAGCUGACAUAUCAGAGAAAACACAGAAAUGGUCAGAGAGGCCACAUCCUCGACAAAAGUGCUUGAGAUGUCAACACUCAUAGUUAAAACUAGAUCCAGUGUGUGUGGGCCCUUCACAUGUUUCAGCAAAUCAGAUGUUUCAUGGACACCACUGAAUUCUUGUGCAUUUGUCUUUUGAAUUAUCAAUAUGAAUGUUAAAGUCACCAGUUAUGAAAAUAUCCUCAUAAUCUGUCGAGCUGACAGAGAGCAGCUCUGUGAAGUUCUCUAUACAAUUUGUAGAUGAUCAUGGAGGCCAUAAAUUAUUAACAGCAGGGUCAUAGGUGUGCCUUUCAACACAAAACAAAGAUACUCAAAAUAGUCAUAAUCACCACAUAAUAACU